UAUGGCUCCAGAGUAUGCAUUGGAUGGAUAUUUGUCUAUUAAAUCAGAUGUUUUCAGUUUUGGGGUUAUAAUGCUUGAAAUUAUCAGUGGAAAGAAGAACACAGGAUUCUUUCGAUCCAAACAAACUUCUAGCCUUCUGGGUUAUGCAUGGAGGCUAUGGACGGAGAAUAACCUAUUGGAUUUAAUGGAUCGAUCUUUGAAUGAAAGUUGCAAUGCAAAUCAAUUCAUCAAGUGUGCACAAGUUAGUCUAUUGUGUGUGCAAGAUGAACCAGGAGACAGGCCUACCAUGUCGCAAGUAUUGAUAAUGCUUGAAAGUGAGACUGCGAGCCUUCCAACUCCAAAGCAACCGACCUUUUUUACGAACCGUGCCAGGGGCCUUUCUAGCUCUGCUUCUUCUUCCAGUAAACCUGAAGGAAUUCUUCCAACUGACAGUAGCUAUCAAGAAGGUCGGUAGCGUGAAUGAUGAGUUCGAUGCGCAUUGGAUUGGGCCCUAUUGGAAAACCAAAAAGCAACUUUUCAUUGAACUUCUAGCACGUUUGCGUGCAAAUGAAAGACCAUUCAUUCUUAAAGGGCUCAUGACUUACUGGUCUUCAAAACACCAGUUAUCUCUAUUAGGUUCCUCAUUUAAUGUAAUGCAAUUUGUGAUUAUCUUGAUUAUUCUAAAAGUGAAACGCGGGAAGUACUUUGAUGUAA